UUAUAAUUAUUAAUAAAAAAAAUAUUUUUCUAGGCACAGUGAAAUCUGAUAUGAAUAAGUUAUCAAAAAGACCUAUUAUAUCAUAUGAUCAAAGUAAUUAACAGGAAGGUAGCUUUUUAAAAUAAGUCUAAUUGAGAACUAAUUUAUUCUAAAUGAGCAAUACUAUAAAUACAAAGAAUGAUGUUUAAUAAUAAAUAAUUAUUUACCAUUACAGUAUAAAAAUAAUUCCUUCUACUUGCAUAAGAGUGAAAAAACUUUUAUGGCAAGCUCGAGAACUGUUAUAAAAUGUAUAUGGUAGAAACUUUAUCUCAAAUCAAGAAAUUUAUUCUUUUAAAAAGGUUGAAGAAAAUUAGAAAAUAUAUAUAGAAAUUGAAAAUAUUAUUUAUUGCUUAAAAAUAUUCUAUAGAAGAGAGAUAGAAUUAAAUUUAACAGAAAGCAAUUAAAUAAAUUAAAAUAAAACUUUAUAAAAAAAGAUAUCUAGUCUAGCAAUAUAAAGUAUAAGCGCUAUUUACAAAUCAGUUUAUAAAUAAUUUCAAAAAGACAUUCUUAAACAGACUGGACUUGCUAAAAAUGAUUGCAAACAAUUAGACCAUUAUAAUUUUUAAUGCUUUUUUAGAGAAUAGAUUAAUUAUAGAGCAAAUUUAAAUGAAGCAAUCUUGAGUGAUUAAAAUCUUAGCUCCUUGCUAAAAGAUGUUAAGAAUCAAAAGAAUGUUGAAGAUAUUAUUUUAGGAAAAUAUGUGAGGAUGAAGCACUAAUUAAACAAACUGUAUUAAAUAUAAAGAAUUGACUAUACUAAGAAUCCACUAAGUACAUUCUAUUGUGCGAAGUAUAAGUAAAAUAUGACAUUUUAGAAGUAUUAUAAGGAAAGGUACAACUUAGAAAUAAUAGAUUUGAAUUAGCCUUUGUUUGUUGUAAACAUAAAAAAACAGUCAAUUUAGCCUAUCGAUUAACAUAUUAAAUAUCAAGAAAUUUAUUUAAUUCCAGAAUUUUGUUUGAUUUUUUUCCAACUAAAACCUCAAAAAUUCAACAAAAUUAAACAAAUUCAAGUUAAUUUGAGAUAAAAGAUUUAUUAUCUAAAAUUUUUAUAAAAAUUACAACACGAAACAGGAAUAUAAAUUAGCAAAGAAAGUUGCACUGUAAAUGCAUAUGCAUUAAAUCCACCAAAAUUAAUUUUUUAAAAGAAUAAAAAAUUUAUUGAUUUAAAAAAUUCUAAAACUAAUUUUAAUAUAUCCAACUAAAUAUUAAGUAAUAUAUCAUUCAAAGAAUGGAUUUUUAUAUAUCCAAAAAGUGAUGCAAAUUUGUGCUUAUAAUUAUCAUAAUAAAUUUAAGAAUAAGGUCAAGUGCUAGGAAUUAGAAUUCCUCAACCAACUAUGAUAUAAAUGAAAAGGCACAAUCUUUCAGAUGGAAUAAAUUUAUUGGAGAAUUACUUUUUAGUGAAUUAAGUACCUUAAUUUAUUCUUUCUUAUGUAAAUUUUAACCAUCCAAGACAAUAAACUUUUUACUAAGAACUGAAAUUAUAUUUGUAUGCUACUGUAGCCAUUGAGCACUAGCAUUUCAAUGAUGAUUUUUCUUGCCAUAAAAAUAAAAAUGCUGCUAUUUCUUCUCUAAUUAUCUAAAUUGCUUCUAAAUUAGGAUAUCCUUUAUGGUAAACACACAUUCCUAAUCAAAUAUUUAAUAAAACAAUGAUCAUAGCAAUCGCAGUAGAGCAAAAAACACUCCAUCUUAAUAAAUAAUAGCAAAUGAUAGCAGUUGUUACCACAAUAAGCAAGGAUUUUACUUAAAUGCACUCAGAGAUUUUUUUUAAUGAGAUAUAAAAUGGACCAAUUUCAAUACUCUCUAAAAUUAUUUUGAGCUCUAUAAAGAAUUAUGUUUUAAAUACAAAACAACUUCCUGAUUAAAUAAUAAUAUAUAGAUAAGGUUUAAUAGAACCUUCCUUAUAAAUAGAAAAGGAAUCUAUUAUAAAUGGUUUUAGGCUUUUUAAGGAAGAUUAUUAACCUAAAUUUGCUUAUUUUUGUGUUAGUUAAUCCAAAAAGCAAUAGAUUUUCUCUUAAAGUGACUAAAAGAUGGAUAUCACCGGAAGUGUAAUUCCUUUGGUACAAAAUAAUUAAGUGAAAUUUGAGUUUUUUCUUUGUUCUAAGAUUAUCUAAGAAGGUUUUAGCAUACCAACAAGAUAUUCAUGCUUAUAUGAUGAUACUUUAAUCUCAUAAGAGUAGCAUUGGCAAUUUACUUAUUACUAAUGCUUCAAUUACUUUAAUUUUCAAGGAGCAUUAAAGAUACCAGCACAACUUAAAUAUGCUUGUAAGCUAUUAAAAUUUAGAAAAUAUGUUAUGGAAAUUGAUCCAUCCAAAGACUUAAAGCAAAGCUUUUACUAUAUUUGAAAAUUUUAAUCUAAAGUGAAUUACUCAUAUCUAAAUGGAUGGAUACUAAAAUAAUAAUCUAAUAAAUUAAUUAUUAAUUAGAAUUAAUUAAUAAUCUUUAAAAUUUAAAUAAAUAAAGUAGCUUUUUUAUCUAAUACAAUGUAUUUGAAUUAUAUAUUUCUAAUAAAAAUCCUAUUUUAAUAAUAAUCAAUCACUUU